GUUUGAUGCAUGUAAAUAUAAUAACUCAUUCAAUAUCAAGGGUUGGAACGGUAGAAAAAGUAAUAAAGUUGAACACAUGGCUAGUUUAUCAUCAACAAGUGCGUUUGACGUCACCGAUCAAUGGACCUGUAAAGAUGGAAGAUAUAUUCGUCCAAGCGACAAGACACCCAAGAGUGCCUGAGAGAAAACUAAAAAGAUAUGGCGCUUCGAUCAAGAUUUUAAAGGAUAUAAAAUCGUUGUGUCAGAGGUCCCAACAACCGGAAGUUAUACUUCUUGUCGGUGACGUCGGUGCAGGCAAAAGCUCCUUAGUCAACACUAUUAUUCAAGCACUGACUGAACAACAUCUUCCGAGGGCGAAAACUGGCAAAGGUGGCACACGCACCAAAACCAUCACACUCCAAAGGUUUUACCACUGCGGAGUCAACGAAAACGACCUACAAGAUGGCCACGAGUUGGAAGGCUUAACUGACAUGCUUCCAACACUUACUGACUUUGCCGGCAAUUCAAACUGUCAUGAAGAAUUUCUUGAAAUUUUAUUUCUUAUUCUUGGCGGAUACAUUCCAACCGGCACUUCAAUCAAUUAUCUCGAGGAAUAUCAGAGAAAAUUCGGCGUUGGAAAACUGUCUCGGAAGUUCAACGCAAGCGACCCUGCACUAGAAGUGACAAAAAUUGUCUUUGUGAUAGACGCUCAAUCCUCCUCGUUGCCUUAUGCGCUUAUUGAUGGCAUACAACGUGCCAUCCAACAACACACUGCAGAUGGACAACUGAAGUAUCACUGUGAUCUUUUUGUCGUUUUGACGAAAAUGGAUGUCACAGAUCAAGAAACAAAACUUGAUUCAACUGCGUCGGUUAGAGAGUCAAAUGCGUCGCGUGAAAAGAGAGAACGCGAGCUUGCUGAAAUGCUUACCAUCGAGGGAGCCCUUAACGACAACCUCUUCCGGUGGAUCAAUUACAAUGACAACAUAACGGAGCAAAAUCCCGAGAUUGACAUCAUAGCCCUUACGUUUUUGAAAACCAUGAUGCAACAAAGACUGACAGAUGCCCAAUCAAGCGUAAAACCCAAAGCACUGUUACCCAAAGAGUUGAUUCAAAUGAGAGUUGCAAAAAUGUGGGAUGAUGCCUUGAUAUACGGCUGUAGAAAUUGGAAUAGUCUCGAGAAACAAACACAACUCAUAGUGUUGGCGGUUCUGGGAGGGUUUUUUAUCAUCUUCCUCCUAAGCCGUUCUUAUGCAUGAUUUCUUAUGAUGGAAAAGAAGUGACAAUGUGGUAUAUCUGGCUUGACGUUCAAUGAGUUUGUUUAUAACUUUGACAUUAUCUUAUAAAACAAUGUUUUUUUCCAACAGUUCGAUUCGGCAUUGUUUACACAAUUGUAAUAAAUUGAAUUCGAGGCUGGGACACAGUCGACAGCUAAGCGUUAGACGGUUGCAACUCCUUAUACAUAUAAAAGGAGUUACUACUAUCUUGCGCAAUGAUUACGGUAAAUUCAAUUAAAGUUGCAAGCCAUUUUUUCCAUAUAGUUUAACAAAAUGAUCAGUUAUACUAUGUAACCAUAACAUAUUAUCAACAGUUCCGAUCAGCUUUCUUUCUGUAUAGAUUUCACAGCCUAUUGGUGUGGAUUUAAAAAAAAAAAAUACCUUGUUCAGAUCUCGUUGUCGUAAAACCAUUUUACGACAACUGGAGUGUUAAUGUUACAAAUUUUCAUAUGAAGGAAUAAAAUCCUAAUUAAAUAUUUUUCUAUAGCAUUCACACAUCCAUUAUUAAUAAAUUAAAAUGAUUUGUUUUAAUCAAGGUCCUAUUGAUAUAAGAUAUUUUUUAUAUUCCAUGUCAAAUUAACAAUAACUUGUACAAGUACGUUUCGAUCAUUGACUUUACCAAAGCAUUUGAUUACGUCGUUAAAGAUAACAUAUUUUAUAUAUUAAUCAAACUUUUAGAAGAGGAAACAUCAGGUUCAAUAAAUGUAUGAAUAUGUUAUAUCAGGGGUAAGAAAUAGAUGACUUCCCUAGUAUACUUGGUGUUAGACAGAGUGAGUUUUUGUCACCUUUCUUAUUUUGUAUAUAUUGAAAUGAUAUAGAAGGAUAUUUUACGCUUAAUAUCUUCGAGGAUGUGCAAUUGAAAAUGUUUCUCUUAUUGUAUGUUGAUGAUAUAGUUAUUCCAUGAGAAUCUAUAAGUGACGUUAAGCUCCUUUGGUUGAGUUAAAACAAUAUGCCUGAAUUCACGUGUGCUCAUUCAGUAUUAUGGAAGUGUCGCUUCGUUGCAGACAAAUAUUUUUCUAUUAUGUGUGUAUGACCUAUUAUUUUGCUGAAUAAAAUAGUAUUACAUCCAUUACUGCACACUUGUGAAGUGUUUGUUUAACACUCUCUUAAGGUUUUCUUAACCAGAACCAAUCUGCAUUGUUACGCAUUGAUAUAAAUCGAGGGUCCUAUUAAGUAGUGUGCAUGUGUUUGUUAGUCCAUACUUAAGUCACAACAAUCCUUGUUUUUGUUUGUUGAAGAUGUGGUCAUUUCAAUAGUGUUAUGUAAUCGGCAUAUACAUGUAAAUAGUGCUGUUUUCUCGUGCCUGUCUUGUAUGCUUGACUGCUGUUCACUUUUGUCUUCUUAUUGUGCUUCGAAAUAAAAUCAUUGAUAUA